AUGACGAAAACUCCAGACUAUUACAAAACCCUGGGUGUGUCGAGUGAUGCGACGCAGCCGCAGAUUCGCAGCGCAUACAAAAGGGAGUCGCUGAAAUCCCAUCCCGAUCGCGUUCCUGCCGACUCGCCUGAGCGGCCGGCGCGAACUCGCAAAUUCCAAGAGAUCAACGACGCGUAUUACACCUUGUCCGAUCCCACUCGUCGUCGCGAAUACGACCAAACCCGCGCUUUUGAGAAAGCCGACGAAGAGGCGGACGAAGAGAUCCCCACGGGUGGUCGCAACUUCCCAUGGUCAGCAUUUGGAUUCGGAAGUCGAGAGGAGCGCGAUGAUGACCAAUUUGGCUCCGUGUUCGAGGAGAUGCUGCGCGAAGAAGGCCUCGCCGAGGAGACCGGUGAUGGCAGUCAACGACGUACCCAGCCUACCGGUCGAUUCUGGGCAAUCGUGGGCGGAGUGAGCGGGGGUGCUCUGGGCUUCAUUGUCGGUAAUGUUCCCGGCGCUUUGGCGGGGGCGGUCGCUGGAAACCGACUGGGUGCAGUCCGCGAUGCCAAAGGGAAGAGCGUCUACGAGGUCUUUUUGGAUUUACCGCAGCCGGACCGGGCGCGUCUGUUGAGUGAGCUUGCGGCCAAAGUGUUUCAGACCACUAUGGGCAGGUAG